UCGCCGGUAACGAUCGACCGCUCGCGUCUGUCUCGCGUGCUGCGCUAAGCCACCGGUCAGCUCAGCCCGUUCGUCACCCCUAUGCGCCGUCUGUAGCAAAGGGCAAGCGUAGGGCUCAGCGGCUUGUGAGGCCGCACCCUCAGCACCUCUCACGGCGGCCGUUACGGUCAUCGAGAGCUUCGUGUGCCACCUGCGUCGGCUGCCACUGCUGCUGUGCGCCGCCGACAUGACGACGGAACGAGCAGGAGGAACGCGGCUGUCGGCGCACAGGAGACGCUCGAAGUUCAGCCCGCGGAUCCGGUCAUCGGGUGCCGCCACGGUGCACGAGUGCCGGCACUGUCGGCAGCGCUUCCGCUGCGCCAGCCGGCUCAUGGCGCACGAGGUGUACGCGCACAGCUACGCGGGUGCGGCUAGGGGCAGCAAGCUGCCUUGCCCCAUCUGUUCGAGGCUGUGCCGGUCGCAGGCCACCAUGUCUGCGCACCUCGGCACCCACCUGGGCGAGCUCAUGUGCAGAAAGUGCGGCGCGGAGUUUGCCAGCGUCGGCGCAGCCGUGUUGCACGACAUGCGCCACUCGCACUCGGACAGCCUGAUGUGCGGCCUUUGCAGGCAGAUGUUCCGAGGGAAGGCCGAGCUCAAAGAACACAGGCAGUCGGCGCACACCGUGGUGCUUCGGGCGAAUCCGCCGCCCGAGUCGGUCACCGGGUAGUUCGAAAGGAAAGGCUGGGCAGUGAACCAGUUGGCCUACAGGACGCACGGCCAGGAGCCGUAUUUGCGCGCCACAUUUUAUUUCAACGAUUCGUUUUAGGAGCACACAAAAAAUUGUCGACGUGGUGCCGUGCUUCGUAAGCCAGUACAUGGCGUAAAGCCGAAAGACCCAAGCCCGAAAGUGGAAACAUAGCGUAUUGCGUUGGGUGACUUCAUGUACCGAAAACAUAAAGAAUGGCUAAUGAGAA